AUGGUGAUCUGGGGCCUGGUGCUGGGUGCCAUGCUGGUGGCCAUCGUGGCCUACCUGUGUCUGCCAGGGCUCCUCCGACAACGCAGGCCCCAGGAGCCCCCACUGGAUAAGGGCUGUAUACCCUGGGUGGGCCAUGCCAUGGCUUUCCAGAAGAACAUGUUCGAGUUCCUGAGGGGAAAAUGGGCCAAAGAUGGAGAUGUGUUCACAGUGCUACUGGGGGGUGAGUUCUUCACCUUCGUCAUGGAUCCCCUCUCGUUUAGGCCCAUCAUCAAGAACACAGAGAAGAAACUGGACUUUGUGCAGUAUGCCGAAGAGGUGGUGCAAAAGGUAUAUGGAUACCAGCGCUUGCAGGGUGACUACCAGAUAAUACACACGGCCAGCACCAAGUACCUCAUGGGGGACGGGCUGAAGGACCUCAACCAGGCCGUGUUGGACUGCUUAUCUCUGGUGCUGCUGGAGCCCGGAGACCCGAAACUGGGUGCCACCCACUGGCAAGAGGAUGGGCUCUUUCAUUUCUGCUACAACAUCAUGUUCAAGGCUGGCUACCUGAGCUUGUUUGGCUGCACCAAGGAUAAGGAGCAGGACCUGCUACAGGCAGAGGAGGUGUUCAAGAAGUUUCGCAGGUUUGACAUUCUUUUGCCCAGAUUUCUCUACUCCCUGCUGGGACCCAGGGAAAGGCUCGAAAUGGGCCAACUCCAGUGUCUCUUUCACAAGAUGCUCUCUGUGAGACACAACCAGGAGAAAGAGGAGGGCAUGAGCAACUGGCUGAGACACAUGCUCCGCUAUCUGAGCGAGUGGGGAACCACCCCAGCUGUGCUAGCCAAGUUCAGCUUCAUGAUGCUGUGGGCCUCACAGGGGAACAUGGGGCCCAGUUCCUUCUGGGCCCUCCUGUUCCUCCUGAAGCACCCAGAAGCCAUGCAGGCUGUGAAGGACGAGGCUGCCCAGGUCCUGCGUGGGACCAAGCUAGAAGCCAAGCAGUCCUUCGUCCUCCCGAUCAGUGCCCUGGGGCGCACCCCUGUGCUGGACAGUGUGAUGGAGGAGACACUCAGGUUGGCAGCUGCACCCACCCUGGUCAGGGUGGUGCAGGAAGACUGCACCCUGAAGAUGGCCAGCGGGCACGAGUACCUCCUCCGCCGUGGAGACAGAGUGGCCCUCUUCCCCUACCUGUCUGUGCACAUGGACCCUGACAUCCACCCCGAGCCCUGCACCUUCAAGUUUGAUCGGUUCCUCAACCCCAAUGGCAGCCGGAAAGUGGACUUCUAUAAGAAGGGCAAGAAGAUCCACCACUACAGCAUGCCCUGGGGCUCGGGCGUGUCCAUCUGCCCUGGCCGGUUCUUAGCCCUUAGUGAAAUGAAGCUCUUUGUUCUGCUCAUGGUCACCUACUUUGAUCUGGAGCUGGUGGAGCCUGACACCCCAGUGCCCCCUAUAGACCCAGGGCGCUGGGGCUUUGGCAUCACACAGCCCAGCCAUGAGGUGCAUUUCCGCUACCGCCUGAAGCCCAUGGACUGAGCUCGGCCCAUCCUGGCUAGGAGGGAGCUGGGAAAUCCACCUCCGCUCACCCCUCUGCUUUCCCCCUCCCCGGCCAGCCCAGCCCCUGGUUGGUUGGCGCCCCUCCCUGUGUCCUGCCUGUCUCCCUCUCUGUUCUU